GACUCAAAGUCCACUUAGAUCUUAAGCUCUUCGCUUCACCCUGUCAUGUGAAGAAAAGGCCAGCGACAACGUGCUUCUUCUCUGUUCUCUCAUCUCUCUCUCUUAGUCUGAGCUCCUCCCACUUCUCUGUUACUGUUGCAGAUCUUGAGCUUACACAGAAGAGAAACAAGAGAAAUCUGCAACAGAAAUGGAGCUUAUCUGCUCAUCCAUGAGCAGAUCUAUCUCCAAGCUUACCAGCUGCACUAUUUUGUUCAUGUUUUUGCUUUCCUGCUUCAGUUUCACAUCAACAGAAGCCUAUGAUGCACUUGAUCCAAAUGGGAAUAUCACAAUCAAAUGGGACGUUAUAAGCUGGACUCCAGAUGGCUAUGUUGCUGUUGUCACAAUCUACAACUUCCAGCAAUACCGUCACAUUCAGGCACCAGGAUGGACACUGGGAUGGACGUGGGCAAAGAAGGAGGUGAUUUGGAGCAUGAUGGGAAGCCAAACCACAGAGCAGGGGGAUUGUUCAAGAUUCAAAGGGAAUAUCCCACAUUGCUGCAAGAAAGAUCCAACUGUUGUAGAUUUAUUGCCAGGAACUCCCUACAACCAGCAGAUUGCAAAUUGUUGCAAAGGAGGAGUGAUCAAUUCGUGGGUUCAGGAUCCAACCAAUGCAGCAAGCUCGUUCCAGGUUAGUGUUGGUGCAGCAGGGACCACCAACAAAACUGUUAAACUUCCAAAGAACUUCACACUGAAAGCACCUGGACCUGGAUAUACAUGUGGACCAGCAAAGAUUGUUAAACCAACUAAAUUUACCACAGCAGAUCAAAGGAGGACGACUCAAGCAAUGAUGACAUGGAAUGUUACCUGUACAUAUUCUCAAUUCCUGUCUCAGAAGACACCGACCUGCUGUGUUUCACUCUCCUCAUUCUAUAAUGAUACAAUAGUUCCCUGUCCAACAUGCACUUGUGGCUGCCAAAACAACAUAACUCAGCCAGGGAGUUGUGUGGAGGGAAACUCCCCAUAUUUAGCUUCAGCUCUUUCAGCUGGUAAAAAUAGCUACGUGCCUUUAGUUCAGUGUACCAACCAUAUGUGCCCUAUCCGGGUCCACUGGCAUGUUAAGCUCAACUAUAAAGAGUAUUGGAGGGUAAAGGUCACAAUAACUAAUUUCAAUUACAGGAUGAACUACACACAGUGGAACCUGGUCGUUCAACACCCAAACUUCGAUAAUCUCACGCAGAUUUUCAGCUUCAAUUACAAGUCAUUAACUCCUUAUGCUGGCCUAAAUGAUACUGCAAUGCUAUGGGGGGUUAAAUUCUACAAUGAUUUGCUCAUGGAAGCUGGCCCCCUAGGGAAUGUCCAGUCAGAGUUACUUUUCCGGAAGGAUAAAUCAACUUUUACUUUUGAAAAGGGAUGGGCAUUCCCUCGGCGGAUCUAUUUCAAUGGUGAUAACUGUGUCAUGCCACCACCUGAUGCAUAUCCAUGGUUGCCAAAUGCUAGUCCCAGACCAAUGGUGUCCUUCCUUGGUCCAGUUGUGGCUUUCUUGGCAUCUUUGCUCUUCUUGUUUGCUUGGGCGUAAGUGAAAACGAUACAGGGGAGCAUUGCAAAUUAUGGGCCAUUUAUAAUAUUUACAACUGGAUCAAACUGCCAGAAUCUUGUGGUGAAAUUUUUGAUCUUGCUUUCAUUGGGGCCUUGGAUUCCAGCAUUGUCAGUGGAUUCAGGUGCACAACAAUCCCUGGUGAAAAAUUUUAUCUUUUUGUGUAAUGUAUUGGCUGUUUGAAUCAAUUUACUGGCAUUUUGUUUACAUUUUACCUGUUGUAUUUUAUGUUAAUUUAUAAUUAACCAUCUUGUUUGUAGGGUUCCACUUAAAAUUGUUAUUUUCUCCAUUGUAAUAAAGACAUCUCACAGUGAAAUUAGAGAUAAUAUAUGGAUUUGAUCUUUGAGUUAA